AUGACGGUGUUCAUUGCGUCGCUCUUUCUGCCUUACACGGCCAACUUCCACGUCGACAACUCGCGCAGUCGAACCCCACAACUCGUCCCUCGGCCUGCGAAUCCGGUGGCUGAUUCGGUCCCUCCACUUUCGAACACCACGGCCAGUCUGUUCGAAAGAAAAGAUCCCAAACCUGAACAGGGUCUCACCCCAGGUGCAACGACAGACCAUGAGCGCAUUUUCACCUCGAGCGUGAGCAAGCCUAAGAAGGAGCCAUCGGCAUACCCGUUUCCAACAUUGGCGCCAUUGGAAAAUCGAUUCCUCACCGAGAGCGAAGCCGUGUCUCCGGCAUGGGGCGCAACCACUUCGCUGAAUCAACCGAAGCCGCAAACCCUAUUAUCUCCAUCUCCGUCCAUUCUUAAACAUGAGGACCCCAUUACACCCCCCAAGGAGCAGGUGUCACUAGCAGUUCCCGAGCCAGAGCCUGUUAGAAGCCACCAUCUUGGAGUCGAAAAAUCCGUCCCCCCAAAUCGCAAAAUUUCGUUCUCGCGGGCCGAAUGGACAUUAGAAAUGGCAGAGCAGGGCAACGGGGGCUUGCGGAACGCGGUUCGAUCUGCCAGCGAUUCCGGAUACUUGGAGGAUAUGAUGUGGGUUGGCACUUUAGGGAUGCCAACCGAUGCACUGAACACGCAGACACGGGAUGAAAUUGCAAGGACAUUGGAGGAUAGUUUCAACUCAUUGACAGUGUUUGUCACCGACGGCGACUUUGAUGGCCACUAUACCCACUUUUGUAAGACCAUCCUGUGGCCGGUCUUCCACUACCAGAUCCCGGAUAAUCCGAAGAGCAAAGCCUAUGAAGAUCACUCGUGGAUCUAUUACGUGAAACUCAACCAGGCAUUUGCUGAGAGUAUCGCCAAGAACUGGAGGCGAGGGGACUCAAUCUGGGUCCAAGAUUACCAUUUGCUUCUGGUCCCUGCGAUGCUUCGAAAAAUGCUACCGGACGCCCAGAUCGGCUUCUUUCUACACAUCGCUUUCCCUUCCUCGGAGGUAUUCAAAUGCUUGGCGCCGCGCAAAGAACUUCUGGAGGGUAUCCUUGGGGCCAAUCUGAUAGGAUUCCAGACCGCGGAAUACUGUCGGCACUUUUUGCAAACAUGCAGUCGCAUUCUUUGUGUCGAGGCUACCACUGAGGGCAUUCAGAUGGAAGACCGAUUCAUUAAUGUAGGCACGUUCCCAAUUGGCAUUGACCCGUUGUCUUGGGACAAGCGCCGUCAUGCCGGAGAUGUAGAACAAUGGGUCGACACAAUCUCCGAGCGAUAUCAGGGGAAACGGCUCAUCGUCUCCCGCGACAAGAUUGAUUCUGUCCGUGGAAUUCGCCAGAAACUUCUUAGCUAUGAGCUGUUUCUCAACACAUACCCGGAGUGGGCAAACGAGGUGGUAUUGAUUCAAGUUGCGACCAGCACUACUGAGCAACCCGAGCUGGAAGCAACCAUCUCUGACAUCGCCAUGCGCAUCAACUCUACUCAUUCAACAUUGGCUCACCAGCCACUAGUGUUCCUGAAACAGGACCUAGCUUUCCCCCAGUAUCUGGCUCUCAUUACAGUGGCUGACGCUCUCAUGAUUACCAGCCUGCGUGAAGGUAUGAAUCUGACCAGCCACGAGUUUGUCUACUGUCAAGAUGGCAGCUACGGAGAUAAGAAGUACGGAUCUUUGAUCCUGAGUGAAUUCACUGGCAGUGCGUCUGUCUUUGGCAACCAUGCGCUCCUAGUAAACCCCUGGGAUUAUAGACAGUGUGCCGAAGCAAUUCACACUGCCCUGACUCGGGAUGAGAACAAGAAAAAACAGGUUUGGGAAGAGAUGCACCGGGCGGUGCUACAAAACUCGACUGCAAAUUGGGUGAAGUCAUUCAACGAGACUUUGAAACGAGUUUGGAAUGAGCAGUCUUCGAGGGAGAUCAUGGCCGUCCCGCGAUUGUCGGUUUCUCGUCUGGUGGAGCAAUACCAGCAGGCAAAGCGCCGGCUUAUGAUUGUCGACUAUGAGGGUACCCUGGCAUCUUGGGGAUCUCCAAGCAACAUCAUUCUCACCACGCCUCAGCGCGCCAUCACCACCCUGACCGAACUGACGGAUGAUCCAGAGAAUGUGGUUUAUGUUAUGAGUUCGCGCAUGCCCGACGAGAUGGAACAGCUAUUUCGCCAAGUGAACAACCUAGGUCUCAUUGCUGAGAAUGGGUGCUUUGUCCGUGAACCCCAUUCCGAUGAAUGGACCCAUCUUGCGGACAGGGCGCACAUUCAGAAUUGGAAACAAUCAGUUUCCCAAAUUCUAGCUUACUUUAAGGAUCGCAGUGAAGGGAGCUGGAUUGAAGAACGCCACUGUUCUCUUGUUUUUCACUACGGAUCGGCGGAUGACCGCAACGGCGCAGGUCGGCUUGCCGCUGAAUGUGCUGAUCACAUCAAUGAUGCUUGCAAGACCCACGGUGUGCAUGCCGUCCCCGUUGAAGGCGCGCUUGUUGUAGAACCUGCCGAUACGAAUAAGGCGUCGGCCGCUGCGUUAGUUUGGCGAUGGUGUCUAGAAGAAUCUGAGGCCAAAAGCCAGGUAGCGAAGCCAGAUUUUCUGCUGGUUGUUGGCGAUAAUCGCGAAGAUGAGCCUGUUUUCCGGUGGGCAAACAAGCUGCAGAAAGCCAAGGCUGUUGAAUACGCGAUGACUGUCACUUUGGGGUCGCGCAGCACUGAGGCCAAUGCGACAAUAACGCAAGGAGUGACUGGUGUUCUCUCAUGCUUGCAGCAGCUCGUAGCUCGACCAGAGACCAACUCAAUCCCAGUUCGGUAA